AUGAGCUGUCAAACCCAAGCAAGAUGGAGACCACGAAAAAGCCCACAUGGUAAAUACCACUACUACUCUUACGACUACUACGACUACGACUACGACUACGAAUACUCCAACUUAAGUAGUAACCACCCCAUCCCAACCUAA